AAAGAGCUUGCGAAAGCUCGAGAGGCCGAGUUAGUCAAUCGGUGUCCGGCCGAAACGAAAGAUCUCUGCUAUCGCCGAGCAAACGAAAUUUACCUAGUAUAGAACACUUCUUUUCAUUUACUAUUUAAAUUGAUUGCAACUAAUUAAUAUACUCCCCAAACGAACCGAACAUAACUCACUGCUAUUCCGACGAACUUGUGUAACUACUUGAAAUUAUUGCGAACUUCCUGUGCGAACAGUGUUAAUACUUGAACAAAAAUAUAGGAUACUUUGCUAAACAAUUGUCGAAGAAGUGCUCCACAUACCGACGAUAUUCUAUUUGGUUUGUGCGCGAAAAAAGUGUAUUGAAAAUUAACGUAUUGACGUCAUUACACUGCAAGAAACAGUGGCAAGCAGGCAGUAAAUAAACUGUUUACAUUACAACAUUGUCGGGCGAGUGAGUGAGUGAGUGGAUAAAUAAAUACAGAAGUUUAAGGCACGCCAACUGUUGGUCUACGACGCCCAAGGAUUUCAGAGCUAAUGAUUGAAGAGAAUCCAACGAUGACCAGGUGAAGUAUAGCAGGGACUUUCGGCAGGGUCGGAGUGCACCGCAUAUGCAGUACUUGAAAAAGCAGAAACCAAAAAAAAAACGACGGCAACAUUUUUAUAUACUAAAGUUACAUAAAAAUGGCUGAAAACCAAACAAAAACGACCUCUAGCAAGGGAUGUAAUAUGAGCAGGACCGCCCAUAUCCUGGCGCCCCACAAUGGGACUGUGGGCCGCCGGACGGAUCCUGGCUCCAAACUCAAGGAGAGCUUCCAGACGGAGAAGCACGAUAUCGAAGACUGGCAAACGAUGGCCAAGAACAAGCUGAAGCGCAAGAAGAAACUGAGCAGCUCCCUGACUUCCGUGGGGGAUACGGUGAAUCAGGAGAAGCGCACCCGCAUCGAGGGCAUCCAGCUACAUUGUCGCGGCAAAUUGCGACCCAAGGAUACGCAGUCCUUUGAGGCCGAGAAGGGCCCAUCUACAGCAUCCCAAAAGCAAAUGGGAAAGGCAGAGAAAGAUCGAGAACGACCCGUAAUAAUUGGUGGCGUAACUACCACAAAUGUGAUAGCAGCACCUCCACAGAGGAUCAAGAGGAAGCUGCAGGAGAACAUCGACACUAUCCAGAAGCUAAACGCCCUCACGGAGCAGCUGCGUCUGGAGGUAAACGAACUGAAGUCCAGUCUGAUCACUGAACGCGGUGCAGUGAGGGCCUUAAGGGCUCAAAAUGACGCAGAUAGUCGGCGAUGGAAGAGUGAAGUAAAGAAGCUGCAGCACACGCUGGAAAUUGCCAAGAAGAGCAACGGUAUAAAGAAGGCCAUGGAAUCGGGCCCAGAAUCGAGUGGUGCUCAUGUGACCGCCGAUGGCCUCAUCAACUAUGAAAUCCAAAGACUGACUAACGAGAUUGCCGUGCUGAAGGAAGCGAAUCGAAACAAGGAGGAGAAGACCCAGAUUAUGGGGCAGGCUGAUAGACUCAAGGCUGCCGAUAUGCGGCAAUUGAAGAACGCGUACGAAAACCGAUUGACUCACAUACAGAAAUCAGCCAAAAUUGAAAUAACACGUUUGCUAGAGGAAAUAAAGACCAAAGAACGUAAUAUAGGACAACUGAGGAAGGACUUGCUGGCACUGCAGAGUCCCAAGAAGCUGAAGCAGAAUGAAGCCAAAGUGCCAGCGACUACGAAACCCAAAACGAACCCCAACGAAACGAGCCAAAAGCCAAAGAAACCCACUACGAAGCCAGCGGGAGAAACAAAAGCUAAAACCGAACCAGAUACAGAUACAGAUAUAUCCGAGCAAAAUCCCAUACGCCAGGCUCAAGUUGCACCUGAGAUAACCCAACUCAAGAACAUUGAGCUAAUCAACAAUACGAAAAAUGCACAUAAAUCAGCGCUCGAGAUGCGCACAACAAUGAAGAGCAGUCAGCCAAAUGGAUUGGAUGAUGCUCCUACGCGGAUGAGGGCCCCCGACGAGAUGAGGGCCACCACUUGGAUGACGACGCUGCUAGGCAGCCAUAGCCACAGUCACAGUCACAGUCACAGCCAUCCGGCAGCAGCCAAGUCGAAGGAUCCCAAUUCGGACACGGACUCGGCUCUGUCCUCGGCCCCGCCCUCCAUUAGCCCACAGCCGCCCUCCAGCGGAUCCGACAGCGGCGUGAUUUGGCAGACACUGCAGGACCUGGACAAGCUGCAAAAGGAAGCGGAAAUGUACCAAAAGGAGAACGAGCGCCUGCAGACGGAGGUGCAGCUGAUGAAACAGGAGCUGGAUGCCGCGGAAAAGGCGGCGAUGAGCAGCGGCAAGAAGCAGGCUCAGAUCGGGGAGCUGAUGCAGCGCAUCAAGGAGCUGGAGGAGAAGCAGUCGGGCCUGGAGGACGAGGCCAGCGAACUGAGGGAGCAGAAUGAACUCCUUGAGUUUCGCAUACUCGAGCUGGAAGAUGAUAGCGAUAAGAUGGAGAGCACCUGCGCGGGCCACUGCCAGAGUCUGCAGGAUCUGCUGGAGCAGUCCGCCCUGCAGCUGGAGGAUCGGGACAAGCGCUGCUUGCAGCAAUUGCUGCAGUGCGUCCAGCAGCUGGAUCUGGACGCCAUGAUGCCAGGCGAUCAGAACCGCACGGAAACUCCCAGAAGACACAAUCCAGCACAUAGUCACAGCCACAGCCACAGUCAAAGUCACAACCACAGGAUCGUAGCCACAGUACAGCCGUACAGCAACUGCGCCACGCCCACAGCGCCGCCCACGCCAAGCAAGAGGCACUGCAGCCAGGUGAGCUCGUGGCAGAGUAGCAGCCUUAGCGAGAGCGGAGUAUUCGUGGAGUGCGAUCUGCCCUCGAAUCCCGUUGGCCAUCCGCACCUGCAGUUCUACCAGGAGAGAUUGGAGCAGCUGGAGGGCAAGCUGCUGAUCUACGAGAGCAGUGGCGAGACCCAGGCACGGCACCUGGCCCAGAGACUGCAGCGGGAACUGCAGCUGGAGAAGGAUCUCAAGGAGCUUGUGGACCGGGUGGAGUUGCUGAUCGAGCAAAACGCACAGUUGGAGGAGGCCAAGUGCGAGUUUGAGGAGGCCGAGAACGAUACACGACUCCAUUUGCAGCGCAACGAGGUGGAACUAGAAAUUCUGCGUCAGCGCAACGUGGAAUUGGAGUUCGGCAAGGAAGCACUGGGCGCCAAGUACCAGGAUUGCAGGGCGGAGGUACUAAUCCUGCGAGACGAUCUUGUGGCAGCUGAAACCCAGCUGGAGCACCUGCAGGCCGAAAGAAAGCAAGCCAGAAAGGAGCUUCAGGAUCUGCGAAAAUCGCUGCCCUUACUCCUGAUCUUCCGCUUGUUAUCACUAGCCAAAAUGGGCAACGAGAUAUCGUCCCCGGAAGCCAGCCCCCGCCUCUCCUCGGGCUACACAUCUUCCGUCCAUCAGGAUCGAGACUCCGCUUCCAAAAUCCAUACCGCGGAGUAUGGCCUCGGUCAAGCGGGAUUAGCCGAUUCCGGCGAGGGUCGGGAGCUCGUUUACCUAAAGGAAGAGGUCAAGAGCCUGCGUGACCAACUGAAAGAGCUGAAUGCCCGGCACUACGAGGCCAUGGAAACGGCAGACUCCCACUGGGUGGAUCUGGAGCAGCAGUACAAGGAGCGCGAGGAGGCCCAGCAAGCCAAGGAGGCCAGCCUCAAGCAGAAGAUAACCCAACUGCAAGAUUGCCUCCGGGAGGAUUCCCGGGCAGCGACCGAAAAGAUCCAGCAGCUGGAGGAGGGGGAGCUGGCACUGAAGACCUGCCUGGUCCGCAUGACCAAGGAGCAUCGCGACCUGCUCACCGAGAAUCGCACUCUACAGUGCAGCCUGGAGAGUCUGAUGGCCAAGAUGGAAGUGGAGGCGGAAAACAAAAUGCCCCUGACGGAGGCUCUGGAGAACGAGAGGCGCAAGAGCCAGGCCUUGAUGGAUGACCUCAGCUUUGCCAAGAAGGUGCAGCAGAACACCGAAGAUCAGUUGAGACAGGAGACGGAUGCACUGCGCACCCAGAUCUUCAACAUCAAGAAGGAGUACCUGCACAUCGAGGUCACCAACAGCGAGCUGAAAGAGGAGGUGGGCACGCUGGAAAACAAAAUCCGUCAGAUGGAGACCCAGAUGAAAGAUUCCGAGGAACGGGCGCGCUGCCUGGAAGAUGAGCUGCGCACCAAGGAAGAACAAUGCCAGCUUUUGGAAAGGAAGCUGGGUGUUAUCCCCGAGGGCUACAGCCUGGCCGAUGAGCUCCACGAUAGUCCUGCUAAGCGGGUCAAGAAGGAUGAGGUGCCGAACCUCCAGGCCGCCAGUCAGGGCCUGGGCGUGGCUCUACUCGAUCUAGCGGGUCAUGAUUUUGAUCUGCCCCUCCACAAGGACUUCCAAGCGAUUGCUUCUAGUGUGAAGCAACUGGCGGAUACGCUCCUCUCACAGAGUCCGUCCGAGAAUGCCCGGCUCUGAUGCACAUGCAGCAUGAGCGACAGUCCGACAGCAACCCCAACUCCCGCCAACAACAAACCGAGGAGUCCCACCUG